CUGUGUCUGACCGAGUACGAGGAUGUGCUGAAGAUCAUCACCGCAGCCUCCGACGACGCGCUGGUGAUCGCGGGGAUGGCGACCAACCCGAACCUCAACGAUGAGCUGCGCGUUACGGUGAUCGCCACCGGUUUCAAUCGGGAGGCCCUGCCGCCCGAACCGGAACCGACCGACGGCGAGGUCGAUGUGUUCUCCUAUGACGACUGGAUGAGCCUGAACGGGGGACGCGGACACCGCAACGGAGGAUUCCAUCGGGGGCGCGAAGACGACGAUCUGAACGUCCCGGCGGUGCUUCGCGAGCAGCAGCGCGCUGCGCAGACCGAGCCCUGA